AUGAAGAUUACAUCUAACACCCAACCGAAUCACCAACCAGCAAUCAUGGGGCUGCAACACCAGAUAACCUCAGAACCAAUAGAGAAGAAAAUCCUGCAUAAAAGGAAAAGUCUCUUAGAUCUCAAAUCCCUUUUAGAGGAUAGAGGGGGCACCAUAGAAGAUAGAUACAAAGAGGAAUGUGAUCAAGCUACUUACGAUGAUGGAGAUGCUAGCAAUAAUAGAGUGUACCGCUUAGACGAUAAACCGGCAAAAACGCCGCCGCUAAGCCCGCACCCAGGUGUAAACUCCGUUAAAAAAGGGCCGGUUGCACAACUAGAAACACCCGUAAACGCAUCAAGUUACCUAUUCGGCGACUGUGAAAAUGUUGCAGCCCCACAGAGCGGCGGGGCGCGCGCCAUAAAUCGGGCCCCGAGCGAACGACGAGAGCUUAAAACCCCACUUAAGACCAGAGCACACUCGCCAAAUAUACUUCUGCGCCAUUGUACACAAAGGAGCUGCGAGGAAGCAAAGUUCGCGCAACUAGCGACGUCUUUUGUU